AUGUAUAAGCAUGCAUCUACUCUUAAUGUACUAAAAUCUACAUUUAAGAAGCGCUUGUCCUUUAAAAUUACGAAGAUGAAGAAAGUUCUCGGAGUUGUGUUUUUCUUGAUGGUUUACUUGACGCAGUCGAUGGGACUUGUUCCUUAUCAAGGUUGUAACGAAGUUGAAGAAAAGAAACUGGAAUCAGGUUUGACCGGAGAAGCUUCGAGAGAUGAUUCGGGAACGUACGGCCAGAAGAGAGUGUCUAAGGAAGAUUUUUCGUCGGGUCGUAAGUUAGUUUCUGGUCCCAGUCGUAGUGCUUGUGGUCACUAG